CUUCUCCUGCAGCCUCGUCCCGUAGACAAAAUGGUGAAGGUCGGUGUGAACGGGUGAGUUCCAGGGCGGGGCCCUGCUCCGUUGCCUACGCAGGUCUUGCUGACCCGGGGGCUCUGCAGUACUGUGGGGAGGUGGAUGAGGUGGCCGAAGCGCCCAAGGAGACCUCAAGGUCAGCGCUCGGACCUGGCGAUGGCUCGCACUUGCGGCCCCCAGCUGCUGCACCUCUGGUAACUCCGCCUUUGCGGGGAUGAGCGGCCCGGAGUCUUAAGUAUUAGGAACAACCCCACGCGCCCGUUCAGACCCAUCCCGUAAUCCCCAGUCCGGGGCUUCUUUCUUUACUUUCGCGCCCUGAGGAGUCACGUGCCAGGAGGGAAGCCCCUCCCCCAUCUCCCCCUUCCUCGGGGUCGGUGGCAUGGCGUUGUGAGGUGCAUACCUUUGCGCAUCAUCUCCCAGGCUUGGGCUUCCUUUAGGAUUUGGCCGUAUUGGGCGCCUGGUCACCAGGGCUGCCAUUUGCAGUGGCAAAGUGGAGAUUGUUGCCAUCAACGACCCCUUCAUUGACCUCAACUACAUGGUCUACAUGUUCCAGUAUGACUCCACUCACGGCAAAUUCAACGGCACAGUCAAGGCCGAGAAUGGGAAGCUUGUCAUCAACGGGAAGCCCAUCACCAUCUUCCAGGAGCGAGACCCCACUAACAUCAAAUGGGGUGAGGCCGGUGCUGAGUAUGUCGUGGAGUCUACUGGUGUCUUCACCACCAUGGAGAAGGCCGGGGCCCACUUGAAGGGUGGAGCCAAAAGGGUCAUCAUCUCCGCCCCUUCUGCCGAUGCCCCCAUGUUUGUGAUGGGUGUGAACCACGAGAAAUAUGACAACUCACUCAAGAUUGUCAGCAAUGCAUCCUGCACCACCAACUGCUUAGCCCCCCUGGCCAAGGUCAUCCAUGACAACUUUGGCAUUGUGGAAGGGCUCAUGACCACAGUCCAUGCCAUCACUGCCACCCAGAAGACUGUGGAUGGCCCCUCUGGAAAGCUGUGGCGUGAUGGCCGUGGGGCUGCCCAGAACAUCAUCCCUGCAUCCACUGGUGCUGCCAAGGCUGUGGGCAAGGUCAUCCCAGAGCUGAACGGGAAGCUCACUGGCAUGGCCUUCCGUGUUCCUACCCCCAAUGUGUCCGUCGUGGAUCUGACGUGCCGCCUGGAGAAACCUGCCAAGUAUGAUGACAUCAAGAAGGUGGUGAAGCAGGCAUCUGAGGGCCCACUGAAGGGCAUCUUGGGCUACACUGAGGACCAGGUUGUCUCCUGCGACUUCAACAGCAACUCCCACUCUUCCACCUUCGAUGCCGGGGCUGGCAUUGCUCUCAAUGACAACUUUGUCAAGCUCAUUUCCUGGUAUGACAAUGAAUACGGCUACAGCAACAGGGUGGUGGACCUCAUGGCCUACAUGGCCUCCAAGGAGUAAGAAACCCUGGACCACCCACCCCAGCAAGGACACUGAGCAAGAGAGGCCCUAUCCCAACUCGGCCCCCAACACUGAGCAUCUCCCUCACAAUUUCCAUCCCAGACCCCCAUAAUAACAGGAGGGGCCUAGGGAGCCCUCCCUACUCUCUUGAAUACCAUCAAUAAAGUUCGCUGCACCCACCUC